UCUGAGAUAGAGAAUAAUGAACUGGAUGAGAAUUAUGUUGCUGAAGAAGUAGAUGAUUUACUAGUUGAACAUGUAGAGGAUGAAAAUGUAAACUUAGUGAAUGAUGGAAAUGAUAGUGAUUCUUCAGUGUAACUUUUAUUUUGUAAACAUUUGUUACUAAAAUUUUUUACAAUUAAAGGAAUAUUUAAUUUCUUUCGUAUUAACAUUUUAAAUACUUAUAUUUCAAUUAUGUGUUUCACAUUUGUGAAUUCUUACGUUUUUUUCCGUCUUCAAAGUAAAGUAAAAUGUCAGCUACGUUAGCGACAUACCACGGUGGGGAUGGUGAUGGCAGGGAUCCCCCUGAUCCUUCUAGGGUACCGUCGUCUUGCGAAGCAGUUCCACCUCCGGUCAGAAAGGGUCGUGGGGUUGCCGCAAACGCUAAUCUCGAAAAAAAAAAGGAGAGAAGCUGGUAAGCCCUUACCGGUGGAGGUAGAUCUUGAAACCGGCAAAGUAGUUGGCACUGAAGCCAGCAAUUAUGUUCGAUUUCUUGGCCAACAAGUGAGCAUGUUGUGCCCGGGUGGUCAUCUAAAUUUUUCCGAUGUACCCCAACAAUACAAGGAUCAAGUGCUCAAUCGAAUCAGAUACUACUUUGAUAUCGAUGGGAAUCCCCACCGAGACCUACUUAUGGGGACUUUAUAUUCGGUGAUGGCGGAGCGGUAUAGUGAGCGAAAGACGCUCAGACACAAGCAUUUCAAACAACAUUACAAAAAACCAGAAGAUUGGGACACAGUUCUCAAAUUCCCCCCUGACUACUUGAAUACUGAGACUUGGAAACCGGUUUGCGAAUUGUUCGUUAGCGAGGCAUUUUUGAAUCGUUCAACUAAAAAUAAAUCGAAUCGGCAACUAAUGAAAUAUCCAACAACGCAAGGCACAAAAUCGUUGGCGUCCAUACGCCACGGAAUGGGGGGUCCUCCUGGAGAGCAUGUAGUUGAAGCAUGGAAGGAGAUCCAUGUGAAAAAACCGUCUGGAAAUUUCGUUAAUGAAUUAGCUGCAAAAGAUUAUGAGGAACUGAUCAAGGAGCUUGAUAGGAAGCGACUUGAACGACAAUCCCAGAGCGAUACUGGGACUGAAUCUGAAUCUGAUACUGGUUAUCAGUUUGACGUAAUGGAAACAGUUCUAGGCCAAAGAUCUGACUAUCAAAGAGGCGUGGGUAAAAGGCUCAAGGGCAAAGGAAAGAAACCAAUCCCUCAAACUCAAUCAACGGUGCCUCCCCAACCAACUACUGAAAUGAUGAGCACCAUGGCAGAUAUAUUCUCAGCUAUGCGUGCCACUUGGGGGGGUAAUUUGACGCCUGAACAACGUGCCCAAAUAUUUAACCCACGCUUUGACAAUUUCGUUCAAACGUAUAGUCAAUCGCAGUCGCCUGGUGGUUCGUCUUCUCAGAGUCAUGCCGCUCCUCCGGAACAGCAACAACAACCUCCUACGCAACCACAAUUUCAGCCUUCCUCGCAACAACAAUUCCAAAAUUUGUCACAGCAGCAAUUUGAAAAUUUUUUGCAGCAGCAACCCCAAUCUUUUCCUCAGCAAUUUCCUCAGCAGCAACAACAGUCUGCUCCGCCAAUGGGAAAUCAGUUCUUAUACCGAACACCGUCAGAGUCUCCUCCGCUCGGCUCAAACUUUGCUGAUUUUGGAUUAUUUGGGAGUUCAUCGCAGGAGAACCAAUUUUUUUCAACUCCCAUUUUCAACCAAGCUGAGCUCGGUAAUUUGACGCUGGGUUUAUCAUCAGACCAAGCGUAUGUGCCUUCUCCGCCACGGGCUUCGGGGACUCGUACCGAAAAUAAUCCAGAUCAAGACUUCAUAAUUAGAGACUUGAAUGAAGAUGUUAAUGAAUAAUUUAUUUAUGUUUUGUAAUAAUUUAGUUUAAUUUUGAGACAAUAUUUUAUUAGGAUUAAUAUGUUAAAGUUAAUUACUUUGGAGACAAUUUUAAAUUAUUAAUAAAUUUUAUUAAAUUGUUUUAAUUAUAUUAAUUAGAUUUAUUUAUUAAAUAUUUAAUUAAAUUGUUUUAAUUAUAUUAAUUAGAUUUAUUUAUUAAAUAUUUAAUUAUUUAUUUAUAUAUAAUAUAAUUUAAUUUUAAAAAUAAUUAAUAUUUUUUUUUUAUU